GCUGGCCGCGGCGUGUGUGAGUUGCGGAAGUCGCCGGCGGUGGAACACCUCACCCUCGGAGCACUUCAGGCUGACCGAGCGGUGGUAUCACCUCAACACCGCGCCCCCCAAGGCCCCGACAGCAGGCUGGAGUUUACCCAGGCUCCGGCUCCUCUCUCGCCGGUCUUUCAAACUCAGGACAGAAGUCACAAAAAGGUGAUCAUCCCUAAUCCCAGCCGGUUUCCUGGCCUGGGCGUUUUCUAAGGCGCCCAGGCAGUGUCAGUGCCCUCUCCUGCCGCCACCUCUCCAGCCACGGAUUAGCGAGUACCCACUGCCUGCUCUGCAAAGUCUCCUGUCCUCCCGUUCGAGAACAAGUUUAUUUUCCCUCUGCCUUGGAAAUCUUGUCCCAGAGAUCCAGAGUACCUUAGUUUUGUGUAUCUUUUCUCAGCUUCUAGAGCACUCCUAGAAAUACUGGCUGCCUACAGGGCUAAGAGUCUUGUUCUUGACCUAGCGGGUUGUUUUGUUUUAUUUUCCUUUUGGCAGGUAAUAGUUGUUCCAGGAAUUUAUCCAUUUGAUCACCAGUUCCUUGGCCAUCUCUAUGUAACUUCCCCCAUCCAUCUGCGUCCAAUUUCCUCUGGGGUCCAUUCUCCAGCCCCCAGUAGAUCUGGUCAGUCCCACCUCUGGGUGGGAGUGAUCAGGGGGCUCUGGCCCAGGAUUUCCAACCCUGGAAGGCAGUUCCAAGACAGCGAGAGAGUUGGGCGUCGGGUACGAACCUGGCAGCUCAGGAGUGGGCGCUCCACUCACCCCGCACAAAAAGAUGAAAAAACGCAAAGAGCUUAAUGCGCUGAUCGGCCUGGCUGGUGACAGUCGGAGAAAGAAGCCCAAGAAAGGUCCAAGCAGCCACCGCCUACUUCGCACUGAACCCCCUGACUCAGAGUCGGAGACCAGCUCAGAGGAAGAAGAGGAGUUCGGAGCGAUUGGAAAUCGCUCUCGUUUUGUCAAGGGAGAGUACUUACGAUGCUGCAAGAUCUGCUAUCCCCUCUGUGCUUUUGUCAUCCUCGCGGCCUGUGUCGUGGCCUGUGUCGGCUUGGUGUGGAUGCAGGUGGCUCUCAAGGAGGAUCUGGACGCCCUCAAGGAAAAAUUUAGAACAAUGGAAUCUAAUCAGAAAAGCUCAUUCCAGGAAAUCCCCAAACUUAAUGAGGAACUUCUCAGCAAACAGAAACAACUUGAGAAGAUUGAAUCUGGGGAGCUUGGCUUGAGCAGAGUCUGGAUCAACAUCACAGAAAUGAACAAACAGAUUUCUCUGUUGAGUUCUGCAGUAAACCACCUGAAAGCCAAUGUCAAGUCGGCUGCAGACUUACUUAGCCUGCCUAGCACUGUGGAGGGACUUCAGAAGAGCGUAGCUUCCAUUGGCAAUACUUUAAACAGUGUCCAUCUUGCUGUGGAGGCAAUACAGAAAACUGUGGAUGAACACAAGAAAACCUUGGAAUCACUGCAGAGCAGUCUGGAGACCAAUGGAAGCAACCAAAUCAUGCCACCAUCUUCAGCUACAUCAGAACUUGACAAUAAAACCCACAGUGAAAGUUCAAAACAGGAUAUCCUGUACCUUCAAAACUCCUUAGAAGAGAUCAACAAUACUGUAGUGGCAUACCAGAGACAGAGUGACCUUAAAUUCGAGGGGAUGAACGAGACACUCGGUAAUCUGACACAGAGGCUCAGCCUGGUAGAAAGUGAUGUGAUUGCGCUGAACAAGGCAGAAAAAAGAGCAAACCUGACCUCCAGCGUGAAAGAAGAUAAUUCAAAUUCUCAGGUGUCCAAGCUGCGAGAAAAACUGCAGCUGAUCAGUGCUCUCACAAACAAACCUGGAAGCAACAGGGCUCCGGAGACCGCAGAGGGAGAGCAAGUACAGAACUUCACAUCAGAUCCGUCAACGCUGCCAAAAUUUUCACACUUUCUUGGAGACCAAAUUGAGACCCAGCUAAAACCUAUCUCCCUACCAGGGAUUUCUAGCAUCAAAGACCUUCAGGAUUUAUUCCACAAGGCUGGUCAAGAUGCGGUGGAUGGGAUGCUGACCUAUCAGGAAAUCUGGAAUUCCCUAGGUUCUGGCAUGCCAAGACCGGAGAGCUUGAGAGCCUUUGAUUCCAAUGGAGAUGGAAGAUACUCCUUCCAAGAGCUAAGAGUAGCUUUAGGUAUCUAGUAUCGACAGGCAUAUUUUGAAAUGGAUUUGUACCCUGGACUACCUAAAAUCUACUUACCUAAAAGAAAAAUCCUCUUGACUUAUCCAUCAGCCUUCCAGCCCUUCACACUGUUGUAGCAGACACAUUGCCACCUUUUAACAUGUUUGAAAAUGCUAUUUAAAAAAGUUAUUUUUUUAAAAAAAAUACUUAUAAUAUGAUGUUUGGAAAUCUAUGAUUUCCUGAAGCCAGAAAUAUCUUGUAACUUAAAAGUUGCCAGGAGAAAAAUAAUAAAGCCCUCUAUCUCUUUCCUGUUUUUGAGGGGAAGAGACUUUAUCUUUUAAAGUUGCAAAGUGUAUAUAUAGAGAUAAUAAGUCACUGUUUAUAUUUCAUAUGAAUUUGCCUUAAAUUAGCUGCACUUUAUAGAGCCUCAGAAUAUGUCUUUUCUUUGAAAGAUGAGUCUUUUCUGUUUAUAAAUACAUAAAAUGAAAGAUUGUGCAUAUUGUAUUGAGUCAGAAGAAGGGCUUUGAACAGGAUGAACAAAUGAUUUGUGUGUGAUUGACAGUCUGCUCUGAGUGGCAGCUGAAGCUGUUCACAUCUCGUUCAGGUAACCCUCAAAGGCCUUGGUGCCACCAUCCGGUUUGUUUGGUCUGGGAGCUGGGGCAUCAAUUCACUGAGUGGAAGCUGUGCAGAGGAUGCCAGCUCCAGGUGCAGGAAAAUCAGACUCCAGGUUAUUGCUUCUAUUCCUAACAUAAAAAUCAGAAAAGUCUUGUUGGGAUUUCCCUCAUUUUUAAUUAUCUCUCAAGGUUUAUGAGCAUAAAGGUUAUUCGGUGGGGAAUUACGUUUUCCCCUCGAGCAGGCUAGAUUUUGUCUUCUCUACCAACACACUCAAGACUACCUUAAAGUUGUAACUGCCUACCUGUGGCACCAUCUCCAGUCUGGAAGGCAAAGGCUCAUGUCCCUGGUCACUAUAUCAAAGUGGUUGCAGAGCAUUAGAGAACAGCUCUGAGUUUUGACUCAGGAAACAACACCAUCUGGAAUUUUACCUCUGAGCUAACCAAGAACUUGUUUUAUUUCUUGUCAGGACACUGUAAGGCAAAUGCAGUCAAAUGAAAUGUGAAAUCCUAUGCUCUGCUCACCGGUGUCCACUCAGAAGUAGCUGUAGGUUCUCUGUCCAGAGGAUGCCACAGUGCCAAGCAGGCUUGGAGCAGGGGCCUUCCGGUGAUGUUGGCAGUUUUUCCAGAUCUAAAAAACAAGUACAAUGCUUCCCCGUUUGCAUACUUUGUGAGCAAGUCACAAAAGGUCUGACUAGAAGGAAAUCACCAAUGUCACUAUAUGUUGAGAACACUUCCAGUGUUGUUCUUAGGUGUCUCUGGCAACAUGAGAGGAAGACCACACAGAACCUCCCUUCACCGUAGCCAGUCAGGGAAACACUGGAGAAGCUGCGGUGCUGCGGGCUUCUUUAGUACUGAUCAUUCCUGUGUAAUUGUGUUCCAGUUGCCCCGUCAGCUGUGGAUAGUCUAGUACCCUUAAACCUUUAAAGAUGUUUGGGUUUGCUUUGGUUUAUUUUUGUAUUUUAUUUCCUUUACAUGCUAUUCAUCUUGGUGUUGACUUCUUUUCCCUAGACAUAUUAAAACUCAGUGAAGGCAAGAUAAAGUUUUUUUGUGUUUGUCUUCUUAUCUCAUGUUUCUUCCUCUUUAAAGUUUUUGCCUUAACAUUUGCCUUGCCCAUCUAGGCUGUCACUUUCUUGGAAAGGUUGAAAAUACACUUCAACAUUAGCCUGGCACUUUCGUAACUCGAAGGUAACUCUUGCUCUUCUGGCUGCCUUCUGUACUCCCCUCUUUUUAAUAUAUAGGUAUAUACCCAUACAGAUUUUGUAAUAACCAAAUAAAGUUCUAGCAAUAAAUUGAAUUAUUCUGCUAUAUUUGUAUAUAUUGUAACAUAAAUAGUAUGUCUGUACCUGGAAGGUAUUUUUUUUUGAGAACUGAUUUAUAUGAUAUAUACUGAGGGUAAUGUAGCUUGUCCUUUUUAGUUUUAAGUUUUUAUUUGUAGGCAGAUACUUUCAAGACACCUUAACUCUUUGUGGUAUAUGCUUUCAGGGGAGAAGCAGGGUUUGUUUCUUGGUCUUUCUUCUGUUCUUCCUCCUUCAAGCUUGUCUGCCAGCCUUACCCCCGAGCCAUGCAUUGUCCCCUACCCUACCCUACCAAGUUGACCAGAGGUAUCCAUUACUGUCCUCUAGCCUAUGAUAACUCAUCCUGCCUGAGGCAUUACCAGAUCUCCAGGGUAGAGGUAGGUAUCUUAUCCUCCUUUGCUAAAAACUGGAGAGACUCACUGGCUUAGGAGCCUCAGACGCCUAUCACUCAGUGCAGACUGGGGUUUUCAUUUGUAUGCUGUUAACUUGUGCAUCGGUGCCUUGUUUUAGUCAGGCUUCACCAGCCACAGAUCACCUCUAAGAGAAGAACCGGAUGGUGGUGGUGAGUUUGGCUUUGGGUUUAAAUCCUGUGGCCUUGCCAAUCAGCAGCUCUUGAGUGCUUACCACCUUAGUUUCUUAAAGCAUUGUUCCUUGGCCCUUUGCUUCAUUGCUGUGUACCAUCUAGCAUUAUAUUUGCUGAAUAAUCUUCCUCAAGCUAUUCGUGGUAGUACAUGCUUAUCACUCCAGCCCCUGGGAGCCUGAGGCAGGAAAAUAAUGAGUUCUAGUCCAGUCUGGGUUACACAGUGAGAUCUUGUCUCAAAAAAAAGGGCCUAGCUUAGAGAUGACUGCAGUGACAUUUAAGAAGCAGAACAACGCUUGGCACUUGAAUGAGUCUGAUGCGAAAGAGCUGAGGAGUGGACAGUCGGAUUUCACUGCCUGCUCUUUCCCCUUCCACCAUAGCCUUCUCUUUGUCAUUUCACACAGCCCUAUCAGCCUCCCUCUCUGGUCCCAGCGGUCACAGUUGAAGAUUUUGUUUGUGAUAGGCUCACACUCAUAAUGGCCUGUUGAGUUGUUUUUAGUGACAGCUUUUGUUUGCUACACACCUCAUUGGCUUGCUUACCAGCCAUCUAGAUGUGGUCCCUUCUCUCAUAGUCAAGCCAGAAUACAUUUGGGUAUUCCUGAGACUUGAGAGAGCAUGUAUUGUUUGUUAUAUGAACCUAACCUACCUUGUUGUUUUCUCAUAUUAAGAAAUGUAAGUCUACUUUAUAUUAAUGGAGCUAUUUUGGUAAUGUAUAAGCAAUUUUGGUUCUGUUUAGGGAGUGGAUUCAAGGUUUCCAUGAUUUCAUUUGAGCUUUACUGACUUCCUAUCAGUAUGGCCAUUUUAAUUUAAAUAAAACAUUUCCUUUCUCUCA